AUGUGCAAUUUGGAUUUGGCUGAACUUAGGAAAAACCGAUUGAUGCAAAUGAAUGCCCUUGAAGAACUAAGGAAUGAGGCAUACACUAGUUCCUUGAUUUACAAAGAAAUGACCAAGAAUUGGCAUGACAAAAGACUCAACGGUAAUAAGGACUUUCAUGAAGGACAAAAAGUGUUACUUUUUAAUUCAAGGCUUAAACUUUUUCUGGGCAAGCUACAGACACGAUGGGAUGGUCCAUUUAUAGUGAAGAAAUUUUUUCCACAUGUAGCUAUUGAGCUAAUAUCAAGAUAUGGAAUUCCUUUCAAGGUCAAUGGUCAUUGGGUGAAAAAAUAUGAAGAAGGAAUUCCGAGAAAUGAAGAACUUGAAGAAGGGCUGCUGCUGGAAGGGAUUACAGAAACGAUCUAUUUUUAUCAAUCUUCUUCUAAAAUUAUGCUUCAAAUGAUUGCUUGA